GAAGGGGCUGUGAGUUCCCAGCGAGGGGUUGGCCGGCGUCCCGGGCCGCGCUGACCCGGGAGCCGGGCGAGGGCUCUCCCGCCCUGGCUGUGGACUAACCCUGGGGCGCUGGGGAGGCUCUGCCCCAGCCAGCUUUCCGGGAGAUUCAGAAGUAAAGUGACUUGGGAAUGAAGCUCAGAGAGAUGAAGGCAGGUCAGGCCUUCUGAGGACUGACUGGAGCCCAGCUGGCUGGCUGAGGACCCUUCUGCCCGAAUCCUCUUCUCCCUCCCAGGGAGAAGAGGUGGAUUUUCUGCAGCUCAGCGGCUUUCAUCUUCAUUACCCCCUUCUUCCUCCUGCCCCCCUGCCCCCCCCAGUCAUGGUGGGUCACCUGCAGUUGCAAGGAAUGGAAAACAGCACCAAGGAGAAGAACAAGGAAAGUCUGCUGGACAGUCCUGAUUCGGGGCUGCCCCCUAGCCCGAGCCCCCCUUUCUACUCCUUGUCUCCAGGCACAGCUGAGAACAAAGCUGUGAUUUCUGAGCAGGAUCAUGGGCCCACGAGAGAUGCCCAGGAAGGGAAACUGAUUCCUUAUGUUCUUCUGAACGCCUCUGCUUUUGAAAUCAGACCUCGAAUGUGCCCCAUAUUUUUUGGGGAAAGCAUAGAGGUCAACCCUGAUCCGGUGCAGGAAAUCAGAUGCAACUCGGAGAUCAAGUACGGCUCAGAGAGGCAUUACCGAGACGACGUCUUCUACCACCCCGUGCCCACCAUCACGACGUACCGAGAGACUGUCGUGGUGGCCCCCAACUGCACUUGGCGCAGCUACAAAUCUCAGCUCUUUUUCGAGCCUCGCCAGAAGCCCCUCAGGUUCCAGAGCACCACCAUCAUUUUCCCGAAACGUGCCAAAAACCUCUACCGGACCACGCUGAACUACAGGCUGGGGUCGGCCAAGAGGUGGUUCGCCUCCAGUGUGCAGCUAGCCUUGUGCGAAGAGAACUUUAUGUACCCCGAGAACUUGCCAUAGGCCUCCUGGGGGUCAUCAACCUACAGUGCAGAUCUGCCCUUUUCAGACUUCAUCGCCAUCUGGCGGAGGCACCUCUGAAACGGCAGCUGGGUUACGAUUUUCCCCUGCCGACUUGAUUGUGGGCCACUCAAGCGUUUUUCAUGUCCCAAGGACCGGCUGGGAGAACCAUUCUCAUCUGAAGAGGUUAAAACGGCGGCUGGAUACUGCUCCUCCCUGGAUCCAGCCUGUUUAUGUAGCACUUAAAUGCAAUUUCAAUAGCGAGGCCUUGCUUAGUAGUUUGCUAUUUAAAAUGCCCCAAGCUAUUCCUUUCUAUUGGGGCUUGAAUUCUGGGCGUCUGGAUGGGUAGGGAGGUAAAUGGGCUUCCAGCUCCUUCCCAGUUAGCCACAUUAUCUCCCAGCCGAAACAUCCCCAAAAGGGGUCAUUGCAAAAGGUGAAAACAUCCCAUCACCUUUCGGGAGAUUUCUUUGUUGCUUAUAGAAUGCUGAGCAUUGGAAAAGGGUAUUAUCCAAGAAGCUCAUCGCCAGUUUGAGCAACUGAAGCAUUCAUCUCCUCCAGGGAAUUUUACUAGAAAGCCCAAGAUAGCAGUGAUGGGGUCAGAGUCAGGAUUUACACAUAGAUGCAACCACCAGAAUGUGGAGGAAUUUUUCGUAGGAAUCAUGUGGGCCAAAGAGUUGUAAGGUUAGCUUUUGAGCGGAAAAAACAACAACAGUUGUCUUGGACCAAAUGUCUUUUUUUUCCCCAAAAAAAACAUUCCCACUAAGGCUUUCUGAAUGAAGAGUUUGCCUCUCUAAAUGCCUGGGAUGGAUUUUCAUCAAAUGCAUGGAAACAAGGAGAUGCAGCUUAAAAUUGCCAGCCAUUGUGCAACUGGAGAAUUGAAGAAAACUGCGUAUGGAGCCACGCAACCGUCUCAUUGCUACUGUAUUUACUGCUUGGAAAGACUGGGGCUUUGAGCAUAUCUGGGCUGCAAAAAUGCGGACCACCAUUCGAAGCAGCACAGAGAGAGACCGACAAUUCUAACGGAUAGACUAGCACUGUGGGCAGCGCUGAUUUGAUCUUCGCUGUGCUGCUUUAAAAAACAAAAACAGCCUUUGAAAGGAGGACAAAUCCAAAUGAAUCUUUUGGCACGAUCAGAAAGUCAGAAUUUUGGAGAAAUUCUUACUGUGAAUGAUCUUAAAAGAGUGCCUUGGUGAAAAAAGCAGUGAUAAACUUUUUUUUGUAUUUAAGACUAGAGAAAUUGAAUCAAGGAGAAGAAAGUAGGCAACUUGCUGGAAGUGUUGUUUAUGGAUGGUAGACUUGUUUAGAAAGGGCUCAAUUUUAGGGAAAUGGUUAAGGAAGUAAAUCAUUCUUUAAAUAUAUACAUAUAUGACAGCUUUAAUUGUCUAUCCAAUGUUGAGCGGCUUGCCUGCUUUCUCAAGUUGCACAGAUCAACAGGACUACAGCUAGUCCUCACUUAACAACCAUUUGUUUAGUGAUGGUUCAGACUUACAACAGUGCUGAAAAAAACUGACUUACACUUAGGACCUCACACUUAGGACCAUCACAGCAUCGUCCCCCAGUCACGUGAUCACAAUUCAGGUGCUUGGCAACCAGUUUGCAUUUAUGACCAUUGCAGUGUCCUGUGGUCAUGUGAUUGCCAUUUUUGGCCUUCCCAUCUGGCUUCUGGCAAGCAAAAUCAAUGGGGAACCAUGUGAUUCGCUUAACAACGGCCACAAAAUGGUCACAAAAUUGGGUCGGAUUCACUUGGUGACCACUUCACUUAGCAACCAAAAUUCUGGUCCCAGUUGUGGUCAUUAAGCGAGGAGUACCUGUAAACCAGGGACGUCCACAGCGAUAGUCACUGGCUUCAACGUGGUGGUGGAGACCGGAUGAUCAAAGGUGUCCCUUUGCUUAAGGUGCAUUGUGCACAUUGUAUGUACACAUAAAAGGGGUGGGGCUGGGACUGCCUGGUCCUCCCCUCCAUUUUGAAGCCUGUGAGAGUCACUGUGGACUCCCCCAGACUAAAUGACAGAAUUAUGCCUCCAGAAAGACUUAACAGUGUCCAAAACCAGCAAAAGGAUUUAAACAAAGCCAUGACUAUUUGCAUUCAAAAUCUGCAUUGUUUGGAGGGGGGUGGUAGAAAACAUGUGAAUCUGAAUCAGAGGUCUCCCAUUGUCGGAUUGGAACUUUUUAAAAAAUAAAAUCAUCCUUCAGCUGCAGUGGGUGGUUUUUUUAAAAAAACCAAGCUGACACAUGGACAAGACUGGGAAGUCCACGGGUUGAACAUCUACACGGCUGGUCGCCAAGGAGCUGAAGUUCUAGCGGACGGCUUGUGCGCCGUCGCAUUCCUUCCCUUCCGUUUCCCACAUGAAGCCAGCAUGCUUAAGCUCUACACCCUUCUCCAGGUGGUUUAGAUUAGGGCCCGCAAAAAUAUCCAGAAGGAAAAGAUGCGAACGGCUGCAUGGGUUGGGCGGCACAGGCGUUUGACAAAGGGACCUUUUUGGCCAACACAACUUAGCUGGGCUUCCCCCAGAUCUCACAACUGAGGACCUCAGAAGGUUGGGUUGGUGUGUAUUCAACUGAAGGGACAGUUGUAGCUCUAGGAAGUAUGCAUGGUUUAAUGCUAGAGUCAUGGGAGAAACCGCAGGAUGUACUACUCAGAGGUAAAUCAGGAGGAAGAAGAGAAAAGAAGUUACUACCCCUCUAUAUUCUUGUUUCAGUGAAUGAGCUUUUCUUUCUCUGCUCAGUUAGCUUGGUGUUUAACAAAAGGCCGCACGUACACGGGUGUGCCCCUUUUCCCUCACGUGAAUAGCCACACUGGUCAUAUGUGUACAGUGUCCUUCCUGAUAUCCAUGUAUGAAGCAAGGUCACAGCUUUGACGCAACGUGAAUGUGUCACAUUUAAGAUUUUUGUAGGUAUUUGAAGCUAAGCUCUUGCAGAGGAAGGAUUAAUAGCCGGACAGGUUUCAAAUAGGGUUGUGUCUGAUGCAACAGCCAAUUAUUGGUUAGACUCCGAUCUACUCUAGAUUAGACUGCAAACCACAGUUGUGUCUUUCAGGCAUACAGCCGAACCGUAGUUGGUUCUUGUUCAUCUUCCUUCGGAUAUUUAUCUCAGAUGCAGCAAAUUACGCUUUGGACUUCCCUGUUGGCUGCAAAACCUUGUUGUUGUAGAAAAGGUGCGUUACGUCUGAAUCCGUGAUGGCUUUGAAUACACUUUUAGGUUCAUCGAGCAUCAUAAUAGUGUUAGAAAGGUGAAGUUAAAAUGCAAGUGUACGAAUGUGGCGGCGGGAGAUGAUUCAGUGAUGGGAAGUGGGGUUUUAGAGAAUACCUAAUGACUCUUGGGAUCUUAGAUCCAUAAUUACGUUUUCAUAGCUCUGCUCUUUCUGAACGCUAAUGGAAGUAUUUUGCUGUUUUAUAUGUUACAGUAAGGCAGUGUUUUUCAAACUUGGCAGCUCGAAGAGGCCUGCCGGCCGGGGAAUUCUGGGAGGUGAAGUCCACACCUUGCAAAGUUGCCAAGUUUGAAAAACACUGCAAUAAGGUAUUUUGCGGUGCCUUUUUAUUUUUAUCUCUCUAUAAAUGUAUAUAUUCCUCCUGUUGCCUCUUCAAUAAUGCCUUCCUGUUCAACUAACAGAAAUAAUUUAAGGAUUUCCAAAGGUGUUUAAAAACAUAUCUAUCUUAAUAAAAUGAGGAAAAGAUUCCAA